AUGGAAAAAUGCUCAUCAAGUCCCGUUCCAAUUCAGAAAGGAGAUAAAUUUAAUCUCAAUCAAUGUCCAAAGAAUGAAUUGGAACAUAAGCAAAUGAAUGAUAUUCCCUAUGCAUCAAUAGUAGGGAGUGCAAUGUAUGCCCAAACAUGUACGAGACCUGACAUCAGUUUUGUUGUAGGAAUGUUGGGCAGUUAUCAAAGUAAUCCAGGAAUGGAUCACUGGAAAUCUGCGAAGAAAGUGUCACGAUACUUGCAAGGAACUAGUGAUCAUAUGCUCACUUAUAGAAAAUUUGAUCAUCUUUAUGUGAUUCUAUAUUCAGAUUCAGAUUAUGUUGGUUGUGUGGAUACAAGAAAAUCCACAUUUGGAUAUUUGUUCCUGUUAGCUGGAGGAUCAAUAUCAUGGAAGAGUGUGGAGCAGUCUAUUGUAGCUGAAUCCACUAUGAAAGCUGAGUUUGUGGCAUGCUUUCAGGCCACAGUUCAGGCUAAUUGGCUGUGGAACUUUAUUUCAGGACUUGGGCUAGUCAAUAGUAUUUCCAAGCCGCUGGUAGUCUUCUUCUCUAAAAAUGAUAAGUAUUUGAAAGGUGCCAAGCAUAUGGAAUUGAAAUACUUUUCAGUUAAGGAAGAAGUCCAUAAACAUAAAGUGACAAUUGAACAUAUUAGCACCAAGCUUAUGAUUGAUGAUCCUUUGACGAAAGGAUUACCGCCCAAAACAGUUGUUGAACAUGUUGUUAGAUGGGUCUUACUGAUAGCAAUGAAUGACUUUCUAUAA